GCGCGCAAAGGCGAGUACUAUAUAUGGCAUUGGAUGUUGCUGAAUUCCUGUGGAACAAGUUCUUGAAGUCUCUAGCAGAGCUAGAGUCUGAAUCUAAUUCAGGUUCUAUUACCAUCUCUGUCUUCAAAUCAUCUAUAAAAGAUCUCGUGUCUGAUUUCAAAGCAAUCAAAGAUGUUGUGAAUGAGAGAGAUAUAAUGCCGAAACCUUAUACCUACUCUGAAACUAUCGAUGUGCUCUACAAUAAUCUCAACGAUGCAUUGGCUGAGUGCCGAGUCUUCGCACAUGAGUGCAUGGAGAUUACUGAUAUGUACUCACGCUUCAACUUUCGAAGAUUUACUUUCAUCUCAAAGAUAAAGAGUCGGCUGGCCAAAAUAAAACAGGAGCUUGAGCAAUUGCCGUUGCGGCAAAAUGGUGGCAAUCCUCUGGAAAAGACGGGAGUCACCAGACCUAAACUUUCAGCAGAAGUUUUGGGAUUUGAUAAGCAAUCAGAGGAGAUUGAGAACUUACUACUACUUGAAGCAGAGGGUUCCAGUUCUAGUAGUGCUGGUAAAUUGACGGCAAUUGGGGUCGUUGGUAUUGCUGGAGUGGGUAAGACCACCCUGGUUCAGAAGGUUUUGAAGAGCGACGGAGUGCAGAAGAAGUUUAAUCAUAUACUGUGGCUACCCUUUGAAGGAGAACAUCAAUAUAGUAGGUUUAGCUUUGAAACAUGUAUCUUUGAUGGUAAUGACAAAAUCAUAGAGGCGAGGAUUGUUGGCCUUGAUAAGCUACUGGAAAAGCUAAGCCGCCUGCUGUUAUCAGGAAAAUGUUAUUUGAUUGUGUUGGAUGAUGUGUGUCAUCGGCACAUUAACAUUAUGGAACGCUUAUGCAGCGGAUUGCCCAAGCAUAAUGGUAGUGCUAUAAUUGUCACUACUAGAUUGAAGGAAGUAGCUCUAAAGCUGGGGAAACAACAUGAGUUGAAAUUGGUUCAUGUUAAGCCUCUGGACCGAGAGAUUUGUGGGCGUAUAUUUGAGGAGAUUUACAGGGCUAGAGUGGGGAAGCUGAGUGAUGAAGUUACGAGAAAGAUUGAGGACAUCAAGGAUCGGUGCCACGGUCUACCGUUGGUUGCCAAGACAAUCGCAAACACUCUUGAUCCUGUAGAAGACAACCAGUUUGACUUGUUAUCCGCUGUACCCCUUUUCAAAUUGUAACUUACAUUCAAAUUAUUUAUGUAUUUAUUAUUCUUCAAAUUAAUUUCAUGUAAU